AUGAAUGAAGUCAACUUCAGUGAUGAUGAUUGUCAGGACUCACAGGGGUCGCAAGAUGGGAUUUUCGACGCGCUCGAAAAAAUCGACAGUAUUGUUGGAUUACCAUCAUCUCAAGAAUCACAAGAAGCAUCGUUGAAAAAGACCUUUGCGAAUGUCUCACUUGAUGGCGAUUCUUCAAAAGCAAGUAGAUUCCCAGAUUCAGACGAUUCCGACACGAAUCAGGGGCCGAUUAUCCACAGCGAUCCAGAAUCCCGCCCGAGCAGUUCUUCUUCGUCAGACUCGGACACGGACAGCGAAGUCAGGAUCAAAAGAAAGUCAGAAGACAAAGCAGAGAAUGAGGAAGAAUCGAUGGAUUCCAGACCUAUCGACUCAGGUUCUGAAAACGAAGCAACAAAACUCGACGGGGAUCGCCCAGAAGAUUCGGACAACUCCGACAAUUCCGAUUCCGACGAUGAGCCAGUGAGAAUAUUCCGCGGCUCAGCUCCUCUUCCAACUCAGCAAAGUGGAUCGGACGAUGAAAUGAUGGAAACAUCUAGUUCAGCAGCAGCUCCUAAGAGUUCUAAGUCAAAAAAGCCAAAACGACCCGUUCAACAAGAAGAAGAGUCCUUCCGUGAUCGCCAAAUUCGUAUGAGAGAAGAGCACGAAGAUGCAAAAGCAGAACAAGCUCGAUUGCUCAGAGAAACGGAAAUUAAACUACCUCGACAUCAAAAAGUUUUCUCAUUAGAUCAAAUGUCACCGCCGAAAAGUUCAAAGCCAAAAAAGCCAAUUCCCGCUGUUUCUGAAAACCAGACCUCGCAAAUUUCAAAUGCCGAUUCUGAAAACCCGAAUCCCACUGCCGAAUCCCAAAAGAAUCCCGCUCCAGAUCAAAAUCCCUCUAUCUCCGAUAAACAAGCCCGAAUAGCCGCGAAAAAAGCCCGCAUAGCCGCACUCGCCGCGGCUAAAGCGCCAACACCCGGCCAGGGCUUUCUCCAGUUGAAUCCAAAAAUGUCCGAUUUGCAAAAGAAAAUGGUCAAGCAUCUGACGAAAAAAAAAUCGCCGAAAAAGAUGUGCACCAAAGUUACUGAAGCGGUCAAAAAUGACGUCGGAGAAAUUGUAGAAAUCAAAGAAAAGAUAAUUCGCGUCGAAGUUAAAAAUGAAGAUGAGGAAAUUUUCCACAGUUUGAAAAAUAAAAAGUCAAAAUUAACAGGGUUAAAACAACAAUUAUGGGAGAAUUUGCGAGCUGAGAGGAUGCGAAAUUUUAAAGAAGAGCAAGAACGGCUAAAAGCUCAAGAAGAAAUGGACGAGGACAAUUAUCUCGAUAAAAUUGAUAAGGAGCUCGAAAAUGAGCAUCCUCCAGACGCUCUGGACUCAUCAGAAAGCGAAUCCGGCGAAGAAGGAGAUGAAGAAAGCACUGAUAAAGAAGAAAAUGACGAAACUAAUCAAAGUAAAAAUGAUCAAGAAGAUUCAAACGACGAAAAAGACUCUCAAGACGAAAAUAUGGCUGAUAAAUCGCCACCAAAGAUGAAAAAGCGGCGAAAGAAGAAACGCGAUAAGAAGGCGCGAAAAAUCUUGGAAAGUUCUGAUGAAGAUGAAGAGCAAGUUCCAGAGCCGUUUCAGAAUAAUGUCGAUUCCGAUACUACCUCACAGAUGUCGACCUCGAGCAGCUGCAAUCCUUACAAUCAAAUGAGCAGACUUACGGCAAAGAAUAACUAUCAAAACGCGACAAUGCAACAGACGGCGGCUCAGCCGCUCCCAGCUACCCCAGAUCGUCUCUCAAGCAUCAGUUCAAAAUCCUUCGAUACACCAACUCCCUCUGAAUCACUGUCAGUGCCUUAUCGAUACCAAAGCCCUGGAAACUUCAGCUUCGAUUUUGAUUUCGACGAAAACACCGAGAGCCAAAUGAGUCGAGGAAACACGCAGACGCCUGACUGUGAUAAUAUGUUCAAAAGCCAGCCCUCUCAAUCAGCAGAAGAUCAUCUUCUGCAGGAGUUUCUGGCGCAAGAAGAUGCUAAUGAUGCACAUGAUGUACAGCAAGGAGUAAAUGACCUCUGCAAUGGGCCAGAUUCGCAAACCCAAGACACUCAAGCAUUAGCAGCUCUUUGUGGAUCUGAUGACGAGGAGGGCGAUGCAGAUUUUGCCGCCAUGAUGGGAAAGAAUGGACCAAAGAACGCCGAUUCAAAUACCAAUAGUCCAACGAGAUCAAUUGCAGCUUGCGUGUCUCUCGGCUUUGGUUCAGAUAUGAACGACUCGCGGGACCUAAUGGACCUCGAUGAUCAUGAAGAGGUAGAAACAUUGACAGAAGACACAAAUGCUCGGCAAAAGAAUGAUUCCCUUCCACUGCCGGAUAUUGAUAUAUUGAAUGCGUCUCUUCAAGGCAGCACCAAAUCGAACCCUAUCGACGACGAGCCAGAACUACCUCCUGAAAACUUAGACUCCGACGAAGAUGAUAAUCUGGUCAUCGUCAAGAAAAAAGUCAAGCCAAAAGCAAAAAAGCCAAAACCUGGAUUUUCGAUGAACCAGUUUGCCGAAGCCGAUGAAGCAGAACUAUCUGAUGACGGGGCCAAAGUAUCUGACGACGAAAACGAAGAAGGACUUGACGAAUACGAGCAUGAAGAGAUCACGGAAGUCCUUCCCAGUCAAAGGAAGAUGGAAAAAGAGAUCCAAAAGGUGCACAACAAACUCGUUCGAGAUGAGGACGAGGAAAUCAUCGCCAGAAUCGAAGGAAAAUACAACGAUGAUGUAGCGAUGGCGCAGGCGAGAAAAAGCAAGUACAAGUGGGUCAUCAACAACGACGGCUUCGACAACGAUGGUAACGACGGAUCUUCUGAUGAAGGAGAAGUCGACGAAGAAAAAGUCAAAGCCCUGCAAAACGAGGAAUCUGACCGAUUGAAGCAAAAACUCGAACGGGAGCUUCUCGUCGAUCAAGAGACCCAAGAGAGUCUUUUCACAAAUACUCAGUCAUCGUUAUUUUCCUCUGGGACGGCUGUCAAGUUAACUACAAAGCGCAAAAAGAAUAGUUUUGCUAAGGGUGCAAAUCAGAAGCGAAAAGACCGAUUCGGCCAAGCUUUCGCGAGUUUAUCAAAAGGAGACGCUUUUUCGAAGCCAAUGACUUUCCAAGCUGCGGAAAAGGAAAACCGAAAAAGACAGUCAGACGGAGCGGGCAGCUUCCCAAAGCGACAAAAGACAGCACCAGACACGCCAAAAGCUCAAAAGAUGAAAAAGUCCUUAUUCAACCAAAUCUGA